AAGAUCCAACAUGCAUUAUCCCAAGCAAUUCAGAAUUUAUUCUCAGCAUUCGAUCAGGAACCUGACGAACAAGACCCAUUUCGUGAACUACUCGAACGGGUUAGAAAUCUUCCGCUGGAAUUAGUUGCUAUCAUCUGGGAUUUUAUCCCACCCAGUCCCAUCCGGUGCUUGCUUUUUGCUCUGGGCUGCAGAGACUACUCGAUCAACAAUCUCUACCGCGGGUAGAGCGACUUUAUGUUUGCAUGGAGAUAUCGUAACCUAUCUCAGAUCUGUUCUAGGCGGGACAUAUAUUUGCGGUAUUCGCCAAGGGGCCACAAUCUAUGGACAUGAAAGCAAACCGAUCUGUCGAUAUUUCUAUUCCCUUGUCUAUGGCCGCCUUCACCUUUACCCUAGGACCCUAUGGACUUCGAGGGAUUGAUUUCCCUCUGGAAGCUGCAUUCAACUCUGCUAGUGAAGAGAAAGAUACCGAGUGGAGGAGUGUUUUUGACUUAAGGGGUGUUAUUUAUUCUCAGCCUGCACGCGCACUCUUGGUGGACCUGCAGUGGGAUGGCUUGAAAAUUUCCCGCGUCAGCUCUCACAAUAAAUUGGACUUUGGACAGAACUUUCCGUGGAGGGUUAUGGCGUAUAUUCCAUUACACCGAGAUGGAUCCGGGCUGUACGGUCUCACAGCGUUCUGUUCGAGCAAGGGACUGGUUGGCUUAGGAACGCAUUUUCGCUCCAACUCGUCGCUCGUAACUGAAACGCAUUGGUAUGGACACAACAAGAAGGUACUUUCCAUCAGUAAUUACAAGUUCGCUACACAACUUUAUAUCUAGUUUACUGUACAAGAAAUGAUUCAGACUGCAUCUUAAAGAAGGAUAGAGAGGGAAAAAUAUAGUAUAUUAUAAAACUACCCUACUAGUAGUACCUACCUAAUAUUGCAAAUCCAAGGGACGGAGUCAGGGUACUUUACUGGUCCUAAAUUAUGAAAUGAUCCCUAGUUGUCC